AUGAAGAAGGAGGAUACUGAUGUUCCAGGUACCUCAGAAUUAGCAUCGCUCAAACAGGAGCGUGGUAAUAUGAAAAAAAAUAUUACCAAUCUUCAAAAGAAAGUCGAAAAGGAUGGUGACAGGGUAGAUGCUACGAUUCUAGAGUGUCGCUUAGAAAUUCUAGAAUCAUACUUUAAGCAAUUAAGUCACAUCCAAGGUAAAAUCGAACAACUAUAUCCGGCCGAUACUACAAGAAGUGAUAACGAGGAUCUCUUCAUCAACACAAAAGCAACAAUUCUAGGCAUUCUCAAGUCUCAUCGUGGCUCUAUAUCAAUGGACGUCAGCCACAUUAGUACACCCAUUGCUGGUACAACCAACUUUUCACGUCUUCCCUCAUUAAAGUUGCCAAAAUUUGAUGGCAAAUAUGCAGAAUAUGAGCGUUUUAUCACCACCUUUAAUAAUAUGGUACACGAAAAUUCUACGAUUUCCAGUGUCGAUAAAUUUAAUUAUCUGCUGAAUUGUUUGUCUGGCCAAGCUUUAGCUGUCGUGGAACCCUAUCAAGUAACGGAGGACAAUUAUCCAAAGGCUUUAAACAGAUUAAAAGAAAGGUACGAUAAUAAAGUAUUAAUAUUUUUGGAACAUAUAAGUGCUUUGUUUAGUAUUCCUAAUAUGGCGAAAAGUGAUUGUGACUCGUUGCGAAAAAUAAUAGACACUGUUUCGGCUAUUCGCGGAUCAUUGUUGUCUAUUGGUUCAGAAAUGGAAGUUCUUAAUGGGGUUCUUAUUCACAUCGUAUUAUCCAAAUUGGAUUCUGACACUAAAAUUAGCUACGACGAAAAAUAA